UAAUUUAUUUGUUGCAGUCAUUAUGGAUAAUUUUGAUUACCUGACGAGAGACUGGUCCAUAUUAGGACCUCAUCACUUAGAUGAAUUUAUACGGUUGUGGAGUGAAUAUGACCCAGAUGCGAAAGGUCGCAUUAAACAUUUGGAUGUAGUAACACUUCUGCGCAAAAUUUCUCCACCACUAGGAUUUGGAAAAUUGUGUCCACAUCGUAUGGCUUGUAAACGCUUGGUGUCUAUGAAUAUGCCCCUAAAUUCAGACGGCACAGUUUUGUUCAAUGCCACACUUUUUGCUGUUGUACGUACAUCCCUAAGCAUAAAAACAGACGGUAAUAUAGAUGAUGCAAAUGCAGACUUACGUGCAACAAUUAAGCAAAUAUGGAAACGAACGAAUCCAAAAUUUUUAGAUCAAGUAGUCCCACCUCCUGGAAAUGAUGAUGAAGUAACAGUAGGUAAAUUCUAUGCCACAUAUUUAAUUCAAGACUACUUUAGAAGAUUUAAGAAACGUAAAGAACAAGAAGGAAAAGACGGCCAAUUAGAAAGUAAUACAAUUACUUUACAAGCUGGCUUGAGAACGCUGCAUGAAGUUUCUCCUGCUCUUAAACGUGCUAUAUCUGGAAAUUUGGACGAAUUAUCAGAAGAACCGGAACCUAUGCACAGAAGGCAUCAUAAAUUGUUUGGAAACGUGUGGUCAUCAAUUCGUCGUAAAGGAACACAGUCCUUCAAGCAAGGUAAUGUGCAGAGUCAAAAAUUUCAAACAAAUGGAUCCAUUUUAGGUUGUUCUACGCAAAGCUAUCAAACAAUCAAACAUCUAAGUACCGUUGACCAUAUAUCUGAAGUCAAGUCUAAUAUAAGUUUAGCGGAUGGUUUAUCCCUAACUAAUAACAUUCAACAAGAUACACCACGAUGUAAAAGCCGUAACGCAGUUAAAUCAAACCACAACGCUCUGAAUCAAAACGAAGACACACUUAAACGCCCAUUUUUAACGAACAACGAGAGUCAGUGCAUAUUCAAAAAUUUAUGUUUAUCUCAAGAAUUUGAAGACACAAAUCCGGCUAUUAACCAGCAUCACCUUAAUAAAGAACUACUUGCAAAUAAAGAAAUUUCUAUGUUUAAGAAUGAACGAGUAAAUAUACGAAAUGCAGCGCGGAAAAAUAUUACACGUUUACAAACGGAAAAUAAAAAAUGUGUUGAUAAGAAAACAAAACUCGAAGUAGUGUAUGCAAUUGGUGAUAUUGUAGCGAUCAAAAGAACACAAUCUGGUCGUGGUCUAUAA